ACACUUUUACUUGAGUUGUGUUUGAAUAACAAUGGAAGCGGACGAGUCAUUUUCCGACGACGACGAUUUGGUCACAUCACAGAAGAGGACGAGGCGGAGGGGGACACCGGAGGUCGUUGAGAAAAAGGCGAAAGUAGUGAAAGCCGGUCCACCUACGUCUGCUGCUAAAUCAAAGCUUUCCACUGCUACAUCUACCACUGCUACCCCUGAUCCUAACAAACAUUUGGCCGUGGAGACUACGAGAGCUCCCAACUGUGCCGAAGGGGAAUUAAACCCCCGUGGAACGAAGGACAAGGAGAAGAGAAAGUCGGAAACCGCUACAAGUCUUGCCCGUGCAGACCAGACUUUCCAACCCGUCCCGUGGUCAUACAUUCCUGGUGAGGAGGAGAUGGAAGUGGAGGAGGUAGAGAUGCGAUUCAGGGAUGGGAGGGGGAUUAUUCCUAGAGUUGUGGACGAUGUGGAAUUGGCUGAAGAGUUCCAAAUAAGGUACGUGGCUUCGUCGGAUACGAGACUUGGCACAACGGUCAAAGGUGAUGGGGUCGAUCAAAUCAAGAAAACGAUUCUGCGGUUAGUUGGGCUAGCUCCGAAUGAAACCACUUCGUCUGACCUCGAUGUUUUUCAAGCGUCUCCACAACUAGUUUUAACCCAGGAGGAUGAGGGAUUGACCGCUGGACAGAGGGAAGCUCUCUUCCAAGAGAUUUUCCGCAGAGGAGGUCGUGUUGAGGUUGAAGACAAACCAGGAUGGUUUUUAAUUAUUCACAAGGCUCCCACUACCGGGUUAAUUCAUUUAUGUUUGGAGACACCGUAUAGAUCUAAAGGAGGAUUGGCCUAUAUAGCUUCAAGGAUUUGUACAAGACCAAACUGUUACCAAUACAACUCAACUCUUGCAAGUGAUGUCCUCCCCAAAUGCAUGCAACAUCAACCCGAAUUCAUCUAUACCGUGAUGAAAGUUACUGAUUACAAUCGAAGGGACGUGUUGGUGCUUCUUCACAUGAAGUCAGCAUUCUCUGUAUCCUCGAAUGUGUCCAAUCAGAAGAGAGAUGAAGAAAUAGAAUUGAAUCUACAUCACCUAUGUACUGGGUACCCGCACUGGGCAAUUUAUUGUGCUACGAAGGACCUAAAAAUUCGCCCAAUCCCCAAAUCUAUAUCCAAGCACCACUUUAACAACGAAGGCGAGGCUCUCAGGAUGCUAUCAUUUGAAUCGACAAUUGGAAUGUUUAUCAAACUCGCCUCCGGAUCUCAACCCAUCAUCAAUUUGGAUGAUUUAAUCCCCUUGUGUUAUGGCAUGGAGGGUGAGAUCGAUGCACGACUAAAGCAGUUGGGGAUAGAGCUCAAGAUUCGUCGCCACUUGACCAAAGAGGAGAGGGAGGAGAGUUGUGCCAUCCAAGGAAAUUUCGUCCACGACGAAGGUCGCCCUCCAACAAUUCUUUUGGGUCUCUCGUUUGCUGACGUAAAUCCACAACUUUCCAAAGAGGGAAGCAAUUCGUAAUCUUGAUCUGAGGUGACAUCAAUAGCCUGAUUCGUUCCCAACUCCUUAUCAAUUGACAAACAUUGCCUCCAAGGGAUGAAGCUUAACAGUAGCCCGAUUGUUAUGUGUAACACCUUUAAACUAUUCAUUACACGCUAUUUUAACACUAAAUAAGCACGUACCAACAAUAAGUUGCUAAAAAGAGAAUAUUAUUUCAUUUUGGGAUUUAUUUUUAGUUAUGUUCAAUGCAUGUACGUAAAAUUUGCAAAUAUAACAAAAUUUUUAAAAAAAUGUCCUCCCAAACCGUGUAAAAUAGGAUAUUAAAUAAUAACAGAGGAUGGAAGGAAAUACACACCAAACUAUAUAAAAAAUUUGUCAAUUGAAUUUUGCAUGCACGUAAAAUAAACAAAUAUAUUAAGCUGGCA